AUGUAUUUUGUUGCUGGAAUUUUAAUCGUUCUACUGGUGACGACCUUAGAAGUGGCGCGCGCCGGUAUUACAGUUGACACUUUGACGAAUAACAAACCGCAUAUCGACAGUGGAGUUCGGGAAAACCUGCAGCAGGCAGUGCGUGAUCGGUUGGGACCUCCAGCACCUCGCGAUCCCGUCGAAGCCGGCGUGUUAACCAAGGAGGAGUGGGAUGACGUACGAUUUGAGACGGAUAUUUUCUACGGGACCCUUUUGGAGUGGUGCAAGAAAAAUGGGACCAUUCGUGACUUCGGGAUGGACCGCUACAUCAGCUCGCGACAGUAUGAAAUGGUUCAAGCACAUCUGCAGGCGAUUUAUCAGGGCGAUACCCUCCCCGAAAAUCGCUGGCGCCGUUUCGCGCAUGUGCUAUACAACGUCGAUUUGGGUCAAGGGACGAGCGGUAUGGCGUGGGGUUAUAAAUGUUUGGUGCCCGAACUCUGUUACGUGAUGCAUUUCGAAAGUCACGUCAGUGUGCUGUUGGUGUGGCUGAGGCGCGAGGACUACCCGGCGGUCAACGUCACCUACGCUGAGGAGCGUAUUCCCGAGUACACUUCAAAAAUCAAAACAUUGUUGAAGGAGAAAGUCGGCGGCGGGAGGGCACCGAAGCGUGAAGACCUCGAACUCGAUGUGGUCGAUAAGGUGAUGCCCGCCUAUCUUGUGAAAGUCUGGGAGAAGGACGACGAGGAUCGUCUCGGAGUGACGGCAGCUCAAGCUGGCGGAUACGCAAAACAUGUUACAACGCAACAGCAUUUCAACAAGGAAUUUUCGACUAGUUAUGUUCUGUUUUUC